UUUGUUCAUACUGCAUACCUUCACUAUGGGACAUGUGGAGCUGUGGAAUUUUUUCUGUAAACACUAACCAAACUCUUUCUGUAGUCUGUGCUUCUUUCAUAACUAAAGGUUUACAUAUUAUAUACAAAAAUAAUAUGUGAGGUAUACGUAGUAAGAACUAAGUAAUUACCAAAGAGAAGUAUGACAAUAAGGGUUACUACUAACUAGUUCUUUAUCCAAGUAAUAGUAAUACGUAUUUUAAUCUGUGCUCUAGGAUCUAGGUACGAGAAUGAUGAAAUGUGACUGUUGUGAUGAAAUAGACAAUCAUCGAAUUAGUGCAAAAAUCUUCGACAUAUAUUGAGUGUAGUGAACGUAUGAGAUGGUAUUUAUAUGCUCUUAUCUAAAGAUUUACAAGACUUGACUAGACUUGCAGGAAUGGGUAAAACGUCUGAUAUGUCGGAAAUUCUUGAUAAAAAUCUGGAAGACAUAGAGAUCCAAGAAGUAUUAAAAAAUGGCACUGAUCUUAGAGAGUACGCCCUGCAAAUCGAUAAAAGUAUAAAGGAAGCCGAAAAGGCAUCUGUAGGUGAUUAUUUAAAAGAGAGUGAAAAUAUUAUUUCUUUGCAUAAUCAAAUCGAAGAAUGCGAUGGAAUUCUUGAAAGAAUGGAAAAUAUGCUCCUUGUUUUUCAGAAUGAUUUAGGGAGUAUCAGCAACGAAAUUAUAAGUUUACAAAAACGAUCUGUAAACAUGUCCAUACAACUUUCUAACAGACAAGCAUUAAAAGGCCCACUCUCAACAUUCAUAGAAGAUAUUGCUGUCUCUGAAACACUCAUAUUUGGAAUCAAUAAUGUACCUGUAACUGAUAAAGAAUUCAUGGUGCAACUAGCAAUUUUAAACCAAAAAUUAAAUUUUGUUAAGGACCAGGAUUUCAAAGAAACAAAAGCUUGUCAUGAUGUUAAAGAUGUACUAGAAAAGUUGAAAAUUAAGGCCUUAGCGAAAAUAAGAACUUAUAUACUUGAACAGAUUUAUAAAUUCCGAAAACCAAUGGCUAACUAUCAAAUGCCCCAAAAUGCAAUGUUGAAAUAUAAAUUUUUCUUUGAAUUUGUAUUAGCAAAUGAACGCAAUGUUGCACAAGAAAUAUGCAAUGAAUAUAUUGAUACACUCAGCAAAGUUUACUAUUCAUAUUUCAAGUCAUAUGCAUCAAGACUGGACAAAUUAAAAUAUGAAGAAGUUCCUACUAAGGAUGAUCUUAUGGCUAUUGAAGAUGGAUCCAAGGGAGGAUUCUUCCAAAAAUCUAAUUUGAAAAAUAAAAGUACUAUCUUCACAAUUGGUAACCGAGGAGAUGUAUUAGCACAACAACUUGAAGCUCCCAUUAUUGUACCACAUGUUCAACAAAAAACUAAAUAUUCAUAUGAAGCAUUAUUUCGUAGUCUUCAAUAUGCCCUUGUAGACAACAGUUGCAGAGAAUACUUGUUCACUACUGAAUUCUUUCAUGUUAAAGGCAGUCAUGCCCAAGAACUGUUUGAUAGAAUACUUGGCAAAACUCUGUCCUUAUUAGUGAAAAAUGUUGAGAACUAUGUUUUAGAGUGUUAUGAUUGCUUAGCUUUGUUCCUUUGUAUUCAAUUAAUAAACAGAUACCGAUGGAUGUGCCACAAGAGAGCAGUGGCAGCUUUAGACAGUUAUUGGGAUUCUUUGCUAGGCUCUUUUUGGCCAAGACUUGAAUAUGUACUAAAGUUAAAUAUCCAAAGUGUACGUGAAUGUGACCCAGCCAAGCUGGCUAACAAGGAGCUGGGCCCACAUUAUAUAACAAGAAGAUAUGCCGAAUUUUCAGCCGCAAUGCUCAGUCUAAGUGAACAAUUCCCCUCACAGGAGCUCAGUAAUCUACUUCUCGUAUUACAAGAUGAAGUCCAUUGCUUUCUUCUUAAGAUGGCAGCAGAGUUUCCUCAAAGAAUCCAGCAAUUGAUAUUUUUGAUCAACAAUUAUGAUAUGGUUUUAAGUAUUUUAAUGGAACGGACGAGAGACAACACUAAGGAGGCAGAGAGUUUUCGAGAACAACUACAAGCAAGAAGUUCCGAAUAUGUUGAAGAAAUUUUGAGCCCUCACUUUGGUGGUAUGAUGCAAUUUGUUAAGGAAGGGGAGCAGCUGUUAGACAGCGAUAAGAAAAAUGAAUUAGCUAAUUUAGAAAAGAAAUCACUCACAUUAGUUGCAUCUUUCUCCUCUAACUGGAAACAAAGCCUUGAAGAAAUACACCGAGAAGUUCUAGUUUCAUUUCCUAAUUUGGUCACUGGCUCUGGUUUACUUCAGAUGGCAUUGACAAACUUUGUCCAAUAUUAUCAUAAAUUCAAUAAGCUUUUGACACCUAAUGCACGAACACAACUCGUUAAUAUACAUGUUAUUAUGGUAGAAAUAAAAAAAUAUAAGACGAACUUUUGAUUAUCUCAAAUAAAAUAUUAUUAUUUUUAUGUGCUUUUCAUUCUACAAUAACGAAAACUAGGACGCGUGUCUUUGAAAGAGAAACUAACAAAAAGAAUAAUCAAAACUUUAUUAGCGGUAUCAAUAUCGUAUUUUAUA